AAGUAUGGAACAUUUCCCCGCAAUCAAAGAGACAGUUAGAUGCUCAAUGAAUUUUCGAAGUCAAAAGUUACAAAGUUCCAAUGGAUGAUGAGUUAAAUUUAUAGAAAUAUCUAUAUAUUUUAUUUUUAUACAUUGUAAUAUUUUACGUAGAGUUGUGGAGAAACUUUUUAUACAGCACGACAAAGGAUAUACCAAUAGAUUUAUGAAUGUUACCCAUCCACCGUGUACUGAGAUGUGGUCGUGUCGUGAUCGAAAUGUGGCAUGUAAAGUGUGUCCCGAAAUGUCCUCACACUGUUCAAGAUAUUUGUUGCCAAAAUGUGCCAAUGCUAAUAGGUUUAAUCCCAGAUGUUACCAUAUGCCAAGUGAUGGUUACAACGGAUCCCUGUUCCGCUAAACCGUAAUAUGACUGUGUCUCUAAAUAUAGAGAAGGGGAAAACCCGUGAAAAUUCCCCAUAUACAUACCCAGCAAAUGGGUGAAGGCACAUGCUCCAUGAUGGAUGACGUCAUGAUAUUCAGGAUGAGUCAGCGGACAAGGUAAAACCUUGUGCGCGAAGAUGUUGCGAAGUCAACCUUGUUGAUUGGAUGUUACCGUCACCAGAGGCGCUGAUAGCCAGACAGUGUACAGCAGUGUCCUACGUACUGAUGAGCCAGGUGACUAUCACGAUGCACCUCCUGUGGGUAGGUUGUUUAGCGUUGCUCGUCCUCGGACGAACUGAGCUGGCUACUAGCGAAGACUGGCUGCCUUGUGGGGGUAUACCUUGUAGGACUGUUUCGCGCCGGGGAAUGAUUAUCCCUCAGUACUGUGGAGUGGAGGACCGGUGUGAGCCAUGCUCUACAUCAGCCUGUAAAUUUCCCAACAUACCACUACCUUGCCGGGCAUUCUGCUCUGGGGGAUCUCAACAUUCUGCCACAGAACCCCCAACAACUGUUCCAGACAAGGGACAGACAAAAAGCCUCUCUGUCAGCACCCAGCCCGGCAAAAAGUCCCCAACCGGUAAAGACGCCAAUCCAUCCGAAUGCGGACAACAUGGUAGUGUAGUGGUUACAAUUCUCAGCCUGACCCUACUUGUCUCUGUUCUGCUGAACAUAGCUCUCAUUCACCCUGUUAUCAAGACACGGCUGUACUAUUACAUUGGCGGGAAUCUGAACGUGCUCCGGGGAGUCACACAUGCCCCUGUGGGGACAGGUGAAGAAUCGGCAGAUCAGAAGGCCCCAUUGGUGGGAGAAGCCAUUAGCGGAAGUCAAGCUUCACUAGCCUCUCAGCGGUCCUCCAGCGAGUCCCUUCGCCAUAUCCGAACACACCCAGAGGACGAGACCAAUGCUCACAGGGAGCUUGACCUGCGCAUUGUAUAGGAUAAAUUUCCCUUCAUCGCCAUUGUUCUGCUCAAGUGGUUUUCUCAAUGGCUAUUGUUAACUCGUCCAUUGGGUUUCCCGAUGGAAGGACAUUUAAAAGGCAACUCUGUAAUAGACGAUAGAUUAUAAUAUAAUCUACCUCUCUCACGUGGGCCGCGAACAGAACUCAGUCCUUGUCGUGUAAAAGAUAAUUUUAUGCCUGAUGGAGACAUUCCCAAAGUGUGCCCCAUGUGAUGUCAAAUAUGGCAUCAAGUAUAUCCUGGUCGACAGUGCACGCUCUGUACAAUGGUCACUACAACAGAAUUAUUUGACAGCGUUGCUGGCGAUGCUGCAAUUAAAUAUUAAAAGAUAUAAAACUAUUAAAAAUUAAAAGAUAGUAAAAGGACAAUGUAUGUAAGUUAUAUUUAUGAGGUUUUUGCAUUUCAAAAUAUGAUUACAUAUAUUUCUUGGCUUGGUUUAAAGCUAGGAACAAUCAUUGUUGUCGAUAGUCAUCCGCCCUUCGCUUACCACUGACCAUUGUCCUUAAAAAGAAAAUAAAUCAGUCGACCAUCAACAAAGCAAGACAAAUGGAAUUUCUAAGUGUAGACGUGAUUUUCACAUGCUAAACUGAGGCACGCCCUCCUAUUUUGCUUUUUUUCUGAAAGGGAACGAAAAUAAACGCUUGGCAUUUUUAUGACGUCUGCGUGGAUGGAGAAUGUCUCUGACUGAGGUAAAGUGACAAGAGGCCAAUUCAACGGUUAUACGUGUGAUCAUUUGCCAGCUAACACACUGUCGUAGUACGUCUGGUAGUACGUCUUCAAUUAUAUCAGCUAUAAUGAAACAGUAGCACUAGAACAAAGGCGGUAAACGAUACGAUGCCAUCAUGAACGGCACUACGGUAGACGUUGAUUCGGAGUGAGGUUAAUGCUACGUAUGCCAAAAUGAGGCUCAUGAAUAUCGCUUUGCAGUUUGCUGUAUCUUAAAAGAAACUGUUUAGGCUCCUGAUCCCACUUUUUGUUAGCACGAUAACCGUACAAAUCAAUUUAACGCUGUCCUACUGAACCAUGUAUACAAUAUAUGUUGACAGUUUGUUAUUGUUCUCUGUUAUCACGUCUUUCACAUCCCGCCUAGUAUUACAUGUAGUUUUGCUUAUUACAUUGAUUUAUGUGGUUCUUCAACAGUACCACAGAUAUUUUAAGAAACAAAUAAAAUUAUUAGUUAUUUAUGGACAUAAUUUACAUGUAUAUUGCAAAAUAAAGACCGGUCCGCUUAACUCUGACGUCACAGGAAGUUUUUCAAACUCUAAUCACGCGACUGAAUGUUGGAAUGACUCUUUUCACCCAUGAGUUAAACAUCACUGAAAUAAUGUUCUCAAAAUUUCUUUCUUCUGGUGAACACAAGGAAAUAAAAGUGAUGUGAUGUCAGAGUUCCUGGUUUCCGUCAGUAUUGCCCAUGAACUCACCAUAGUGUUCAAAUAUCUGAAAGCUUUUCAACUCUCUUAAAAAUCUGAAAAUAUAAAUGAAAGUAUUUUUACACAUUGUUUUCAGUUGUCCGUAUGAUGAACCUUACUUCAUAUUUUAGCUUUCUAUCACUUUAAGGCCGUCGUGAAAAAAAUAAACCCCGUGUAUACCCGGCUUUAGAUCAUUUUUAGUAAACUUCUGAUGUUGCCAGCGUCUUAUUCUUCAGCGAACAUUUUACUAUUUUAUGCAUUUGACACGAGAGACUAAAUUUACAAAAAUAGGAAAGUACUGAUGAUUUUGUAAAAUGGUUCAUGGUUCCUAUACCUUACGCAGAAUUCCAGUUUUAUGCAGUAGCCUACACAGGACAAAACCCAUCAACUCACAAACGUCCAAACCAUUCAUGCAAAUACGUUUUCUCUGGCGUAUUUAUAAAGGCGUGUGGCUCAGUUGGUUAGCGCGCUAGCACAGCAUAAUGACCCAGAGGCCUCUCACCAAUGCGGUCGCUGUGAGUUCAAGUCAUGCUGGCUUCCUAAUAAUAAAUAAAGAGAUGUUCUGUUCAUUAUGUAGGGCUAAUGAACUAAAUAUGAGACGUACUGUCCAUCAGGUACAAUGAAUGAAGCAUGACCUCUGGCCAGAACAGUAAAAUGGGUCAUAUAAGUCAAUUAUUUACACUGAUUCUAAAAUCCCACUCUCCUGUAGGUGUAGUUUCAUUGAUCUUAGAUGAUAAACUCUGAAGAUGUAGUGUUGAAUUGAAAGUUAUGAAUUCUGACCUUGAGAAAAUAUAGGUCAGAGGUCAGUUGCAGUGUUCAAACUUUGUUUUACCAUUUCAGCAAUGAAAAUAGAUUCUACUGGUGCCUUGUAAUUUUGUAUAUUAUAGACGAUUUUGAAAUAUGUACAUGGAUACUGAACUGUUAUUGUGUAAAAAGGUAUGACGUAUCUAUUAUAGUUAGUAAUAUAACAAUUAUAUUGUAUAUCAAAUAUGUAUAUAUAUAUAGCCUAAUAUUGUAUAUCAAACACUUGUGUAAGUUAUGAUUGUAAAUAAUUAGUACUUUGUUUGUUGCGAAUUGUUUCUAUGAAUUUAAAAUUAUAAUUGUGUUAAAGACGGAUAUGUUUGUCUUAAUAUACAGUAUACAUAUAUAAACGGCUUGCUUAACAUGGGGUAAAACGGAUUACCCUUACAGUCUAAUAACCUCUGCAUUGCUAGACGCCCUGGUAGAUGUUCUAUAUUCUAUUAACUGUUUGGAUAAAUACAUGGAUAGAACCUGAAGUUAUUGUGAAAAAAUGGAUGACAUAUCUCUGUAUAUCAAUAGCAAAUUUGUUAUCUAUUUCUUUAUUGAAAGUCUUGGUAGGUUUUACGGUGGUGAUAUUUUGGUUUUGUAAAAUCGCAAUGUCAUUCUGUAUUCUGUCAUCUGUAUGGAUAUAUAUGCAUGGAUGCUCAUCUGUUAUUGUGACAGAACUGUAUAAAGUAUCCCUGUAUGUAAAUCGAAAGCAAAUUUGUUAACUGUUUCUUUAUUGAAAGUCUUGGUAGGUUUCUACGGUGGUGAUAUUUUGGCUUUGCAAACUUGCUUUGUUAUUCUGUAUUCUAUUAACUGUUUACAUACAUACAUGGAUACUGAGCUGUUAUUCUGACUAAAAUGUAUGACGUAUCUCUGUAUGUAUGUCGAUAGCAAAUUUGUUAACUGUUUCUUUAUUGAAAUUCUUGGUAGGUUUCUACGGUAGUGAUAUUUUGGCGUUGCAAACUUGCUUUGUUAUUCUGUAUUACAUAACUUUUUAGAUACAUACAUAGAUACUGAGCUGUUAUUCUGACAAAAACGUAUGACGUAUCUCUGUAUGUAUGUCGAUAGCAAAUUUGUUAUCUGUUUCUUUAUUGAAAGUCUUGGUAAGUUUCUAUGGUGAAAUUUACCAAUGUAUUUUGGCUUUGUAAAAUUGCAAUGUCAUUCUGUAUUUAUUAACUGUUUAGAUACAUACAUGGAUACUGAGCUGUUAUUCUGACAAACAGGUAUGACGUAUCUCUGUAUGUAUGUCAAUAGCAAAUUUUGUUAUCUAUUUCUUUAUUGAAAGUCUUUGUAAGUUUCUGUGGUGGUGGUAUUUUGGCUUUGUAAAAUUGCAAUGUCAUUCUGUAUUUUAUUAACUGUUUAGAUACAUACAUGGAUACUGAGCUGUUAUUCUGACAAAAACGUAUGACGUAUCUCUGUAUGUAUGUCAAUAGCAAAUUUUGUUAUCUAUUUCUUUAUUGAAAGUCUUGGUAAGUUUCUAUGGUGGUGGUAUUUUUGGCUUUGUAAAAUUGCAGUGUUAUUCUGUAAUUUCAUAACUGUUUAGAUACAUACGUGGAUACUGAGCUGUUAUUCUGACAGAAACGUAUGACGUAUCUCUGUAUGUAUGUCGAUAGCAAGUUUGUUAUCUAUUUCUUUGUUGAAAGUCUUGGUAGGUUUCUACGGUGGUGAUAUAUUGGCUUUGUAAAAUUACUUUGUCAUUCUGUAUUUCACUAACUGUUUAGAUACAUACGUGGAUACUGAGCUGUUAUUCUGACAAAAACGUAUGACGUAUCUGUAUGUAUGUCGAUAGCAAACUUGCUGUCUAUUUCUUUAUUGAAAGUCUUGGUAGGUUUCUACGGUGGGGAUAUUUUGGCUUUGUAAUUGCAUUGUCAUGUUGUAUUUUACAGACUAUUUGUAUAUACGUAAAUGUGUUGUGAUCUGUUUUUGUGAAAAACUAUGACUUAUUCUUGUAUGUGUAUAUUAUAUUUGUUACACACCUUAAAAUACCUAGAGACGCGUCUACAUAAGAUUCGACAAUCUGUUAUUUGGUUUCAGAGAAUAGCUGUGUCAGUCUUUAUUCUGUAGACAUGUUAGGAUAUACGUACGGAUGACUACUGUACUUACUUUGAACAAAGUAAGGUAUGACGUGAUGUGUAAUACCUAAUGACGUAUUCCUACAUUUAUGCGUAUAUACCAGGUUUGGUAUCAGUUGAUGUAUAUAUGUGUAACUAUUGCAUGGUUUGUGUUGUUUUGUGUAUGGGUUAUGUACAUUCUUUUAACUGCGCGUACAUUGUGGGUCGACAUAUACGUGUAUGCAUGCAUACUUGAGCAAUCGGGAAUUGCAAACUUAAAAACUCUGUUACAUAUUUUGCCUUGGUAAAUAAUUGUGAUAGGUCUCUCAUACCACCAUGGUUUUAUAAGUUAUACACGUUCACAUAACGUAACCGAAACGAUUCUCUUGCAUUGCACAACGCCGAGAUCAGUCGUGCAACCGGAAAUGUCAAUCAGUUGUCUGGACGGGUCACAGGUUACGCAGUUCCGCCCAUGGAACACACUCGAAGGCGUGGCUUACCUGUCAUCUGUAUACUCCCUUUGUGUUGUAUGUCACAAACUUGACCCAGCUACAGUAGUUUUCAUCACACAAAAGGAUAUCAUGCAGAAAGGAUUUGCAUCCUUACAUCCACUAACCUAAGCUAUAUGCUGAAUGUUAGCUCCUGAAUUGCACAUGAACAUGUGCAAGACCACAUAAAAAAAAACCCACAAGUACCAUAUAGACCAGAGUUAAGAAGUGUUGGGUUUUCUUUUCGGGUUUGGGAACCAGCUGCGGGUUGCUGUCUGUUAUACUCUGCUAUGAUAGAUUGCAUAGCCAUAUUAAAAAAUAAAUGCCAUAUAAGGCCAGAGUUAAGAUAUUGAGCUGUUGGGUUUACUUUUUUUCUUUGCGAAAUAGCUGCGGUAUGUUGCUUGUUACACUCUACUGUGAUAGAUUUCAUAGCAAUAUUAAUUAUUUCCUUCCAGCUAUAGAUUAGCUGCGUUAUACAACCACACAUCCACCUUCUUCGCUCCCUCUACAAGUUUGUCUCUCCCUGUUCAUGAUAUGUAAAGAGAGUUCACGUGAAAGCAGUCACAGGCAGUCCCUACUUUUAACCUGUAUCGUUAGACAUGGGUAUGGAACUGCCCAUGUAAACUAUGAGCAGAAUAGGUACACACAUUUGGUUAAUUUAUCUUCAUUCUGUGUGGUCUUGCAUGUAUAUGUCUCUAUAUCCAUGUGCUAUCACAACUGAAACAUUCACUGUUAGUAAGUAAUAAAUUUGUUCAAAAAUAUCUGGCCUUCAUCUUUUUUUCCAUUUUGACCCUUCUCUUUACACGAAACCGAGUAAGUCAACAUGGAAUGAAAAGACAGUAAUAUAGUUGGAGCGGAACACUUAAUAUUCAAUCGUCAUAAUUUUUAUCAGUAUAUAAAUUUUUGUCAAUGCGUAAAAUUCCAUCACUAUAUAGAGGGCAUGCUAUAAAAUCUAUGUCGCGAUCUUAGUAGCCAUAUGCACGUGGAAACAGGGUCCAGAUGUUCAAAAGUCUAUUAAAAGUUAAGUCAGACACUGAAGCAUCCAAGUGCCUUGGCAACUGUCCAACAAUAUGGACCGCUCUUUUAAAGCAUCCUGUUGUAGAAUUUCGUCACUCCACAAGUGAACAUCAUCUUAACACGUGGGGGUAUCGGGGAAUUUCGUCACUCCACAAGUGAACAUCAUCUUAACACGUCGGGGUAUCGGGUGAUCUGGAAUCACGCCAUACGGUUAAAUUUACUGGCACAACGCCAAUUCACAUGACUCAUCGUGUGUAUUGUUCAAAAGCCGUUUUACGUGAGUUUACUUUUGUAUUGAAUAUGGAAAAUAGGUUUCCAGCAUACCUAAGCAUCAUUUAUAAAAAUAAUGUAAGGGAUAUAUGAGUCAUCCACUUGCUACAAAAUGAUAUGGGUCAAGUUCCACGUUCCACUGGACGCUCUUGCCACACACCUGAUUCAAAUGUUGCUUAAGGAUUUCAAAUGGGCAUAACGGGAUUGCGGCAGGAUAUUUUUAAUAUUUACUUUCUACCUCCUUUGUACAUAUAAAAUCUUUUACAGAUGAGUGCAAAUAAAACUUUGUUUUUCAGAAUUUACCCUUGUUUUAUUCACCAAUCAAUUAAUCAAACAGUAUAAAUACAUACAUCGCAGAAAACACACAAAAUAAAAUAGUCCAUAUCACCAUAACAACUUAAGACUGGCAGGAGAACUCCUCUUUAAAACCCAGGGCUUGAGAUAACCCGAAAAGGUACACAUUCAGAAACAUUAAUAAUCAUGCUUGCAAGAGUUAUGAAAUUGUGUCAAAUCAAUACACGUUAACAUGUAGAGUACAGGUUGUUAUUGAGGCGGAAGGGAGAGAUAUAGCACUUUAAUAACAUGUAUGUACAUGGAUAUAUUGGGUUAACCAGAAAGCGGUACACAUAAUAGAAUCUAUCUCCGAUGAGUCAGCAUAAAGUGUUUCUUCUGCUAAGACCACACCGCUUAUCAGACUAUGUGACCUAAGCGAUCGUUUGUGACCAAGCGGUCUGUAUAUGGAGAGGCAUUUGGGUGAAAUAGUCGAUUUCCAUCGAUUAUAGAAUAGUUGUUUUGCUUAUAUGCAGCUGCGCUUCCCUGGUGAACAUGGAUGCAUGUAUACUUGUUAGUUGCCGUGCUGACCAGUAAAAUUUAACAAAAUCUCAACGCUUGAACUGUUCAUUGAUCAGUAUGCAUAAGGAAAUAUCUGAAAUAUGGAGAUUUCUAUAUAUGCUCAUGCAAUUAGUUGCGGGUAUCUGCGUGUCCUAUAGCUGUUCACACAAUGAAUUAAUCUGUUAAUUUUAACAGAAAGCCUGUUGCCUGGAGGAUGAGUGAUACUGGAAUGUAUUCUAUACCAGAAUACUGUAUUACAUUGCACAGAAUAUUCUGUUACCCUAAUAGAAUCUUUAUGUUGAAUUAAUAGAAUGUGUGUGUUAUAUUUAACAGAAUAAUCUGCUGCGAUAGCAGAAUACAUUCUAGAAUCGCUCAGACAGCAGAAUUUCUGUAAAAUUUAACAGAUUAUUAUUAUUUUUUUUUUUGUGAGAACGUCAUCGCUGGGAGUUCAAGUGCAGUUCAUGCUGACUUCCUUCCCAAUCUGCCAUAAAUUGUGCUAACUGAUGAACGCAAAGUGUGAAGCACCAAAACAAUUAAGACUCUCCGUUAGAAAAACCCAGUUAUGCUAUUUAGUCAUUCUGUGUGUAAGUAACUGAGACAACUGAAAAUGCCAUCAAAAUCAGACUUUAAUUGAUUUACUACUGAAGAUAAAUAAGUUGGUUACUACAGCUUUUUAAACUGAUGAAUUGGAAUGGAAAAGCUUUAGUUAACUGUAUACGUGUGUUGAAAUUUAGCCAAUUUUAUCUCAUUUAUAGACACAAACUUGACAUGUAAGCAUAUUACCGUGGGGUUUAGCCAUAAUACUGAAUAUGGGUGGUAAUUGUAUAAGUCAGGAAUGGCAUGUACAAGCAGUGACUUCUGGAUUUAUCUGUCAAACACACUGUUAGUCAAGAAAAGCAAAUUGCAGAGAUCACAUUGUGACAUGACUAUUAAACAUGCUUGAAAUGCGAAGCCAAUACCGCCCUACUGGUCUGAUAGCCGGGAUCGUUAUAAUGUGAGUGAUUGGAUGUAUGUAAUGAUCACUUUUUUAAAACAAAAGUAACAAAGUCUAUUUUUGUUCUUAAAAAUUUACAUCAAGUAUCAUCAUAAAUCACCUCGUGUCACCGAAUGUAUACAAAAAUAUAUGACAUAUAAAAAACUUUUUUUCUGUGUUUUUUCCCAAAUUUCCGUGCAUGUUUGUUACCGAAUGCAAGGCUCUGUACGUACCCACCAGAUUUGGACAAUGGAAUCUGCAUUUUCCAUUAAAUGACUCAAUAGCCACUAAUUAUAUUUUCCACACUUUACUAGCUUAUAACCUGAGGUUUGCAGUCUAUAUAAUACUAAAUCAGUAUAAACAGUAUUGAGUUUUCACUGCAUGGAUAAUUUGCCGUGGUUUGGGAAGAAGAUCAAAUAACUGAACUCCUUUACUCAGUGCUCAAACUCCCAGCUUUGUUUAAUUGAAUGCAUUUAUUUCCUUAAACAAAUGUAAGACAAAUAACCAGUCAUGUAUACAUUGUUGCACACAACUAUCAGGGUGCCUCAUUUUGAGUGUCAACUGGAGGAUUUUGGAUAUGCAAAUGACUGUGUUUUUUUAUCUGUAGUAAUAUGAAAGAGGAUGUGAAUGAGUGGGUCCAUGAAUGUAUGAAGUGCGAAGCCUUUACAUAGGCCUAGUCUGUGAACACUGUUUCUUUAUCAUUUGUAGAAUCUCCACAAAUAAGUUGUUGAAUUUGAUAAGGAAAAUAAACAAUGUAUUGUUUGUAAUGGGAAUCAUCGUCAUCCCGAAUAGUUUGGCUUGAUUGUUCAACGAUUAUCAACUCAAUAUUUCAAAGAAAUACUUUGUGGCAUUCAAUAUAAAAAAAAAAUUACUAAUUCAAGGUGCGUGUAUAUACUGGGGUAUUUUUUGGUACCCAUGAUGGUACCUGGUAAUUGUACAUAUAUGACGUGUACGCUACAUAGACAAAAAAAAAAUAAUAAUUUCAGUUAAUUGUUACAAUUACCACAUAUCGCAAUGUGCUUUUAAAGCUAUAUGUUAGCGUGAUAUC